AUUUUCACACAGACCAUGACAUCAACUUCGCGGAUUCCGCAACACCUUGCACCGUACAUUAAUAAUGUGCCUAAUGAUAGUUUAAUAUUGCUCACAAACACACUGAGCAACAGCACGAAUUGGCUUGUGGUGCGCUACCUUUGUGGUGCAUUGAGCAAUGACGCAUCGAACCUGGGGAGAUCCCUUUCUCAAGUAGAGUCGGGAAAUCCCACCGCUGCGGACGCGCAAGAUAGGCAAGAUGUAGGUGUGAUACUUGUGAGCUGGAUGCGGGACUUUGACUUCUGGAAAGCCGAAACCCGUAGGACAGGAGGACUUGAUCUAGCCUCUCUGUCGCAAAAAAAGAAAUUCAUCUAUAUAGAUGGGCUGUCCUCGUCGAUGCCGACGGUCUCUACGAGCCCGGCGACUCAAAUCCGGGAUACACACGUACUGAAGCAGCCUUUCCCAUCAGUUCGAACCACACUUCCAGCGAGAGGUCCUCCACCUCCAGUGCAGACACCGGUGCAGGCUGCUUCAGCGACACAGUCAACUCUGCCGGCUACCAAACUCGCCAUAAAUUUACCUUCUACAGACCUGAAAAACGUCCGCGCUGCGAUCGAGUCCGCGAUAGCUUCUCUUAACACAUCCUCUACGCUGCUCAUCCUGGACGCACCAGACAUGAUCCUCGCGCUUCGGAGUUCCACGUCGUGUGCCUCAAGCUCCUCUUUAUCCUCUGCACUGCAGUCGAUGAUCCUCUCCCUGCGUCUCAACUCCCGUGUCCACGCUACGGUCCUAAAUCUCUCCUCCGACGUAGUCCCCCUGCCUUCUGCCAGACCUGAACAGCACAUACCCUCUCAGCUAGAGACCGACAGUCAGGCAUUUCUUGUGGGGAUGGCCCACUCUGCCGAUCUAGUCAUCAGCGCAAGAGGCCUAGACACUGGUGCUGCGGGUGACGUUGGGGGUGUGCUGAGGGUUACGAAGGGUGGGGCGUACGAGGAUGAGAACGAAGGAUUCAAAGAGUGGAAGGAGCAAGAACUGUUGUACUUAGUCAAGACAGACGGGAGUGCUAAAGUGUGGGAAAGAAGUGCUGGCGUUGGCUGAGACAUGUGAUUGUCUUGCAAGCUUUCUGAAGGCAGUUGCGGUUCUUUCCUGGCCUGAGGCACCUCCGGAAAGGGCUACAUAUUACCAUUGGCUUUAUCUUAAUUCUCGCCGAAGGAUCCAUACGAACAACUGUACGCGCGUGAUAUACUGCGGCAUUGUGUUACCCUCGAUCGAUCUUGAUCACACCGUUACGAGACAAUACAAGCAGAUCCAGAGCCGCUAGGUCAUCUACGACUCUCAUAAGAAAUAGGCUUAUGGGCGUUGACCUUCAAAUUAUGUAGUACAGAAAUGUUGCAAAUGCAAACAUUUGCCAAUGGCUUGAUUGACGGCUUCGAAACUAUGGAAAAGCAGAGGAUUUCGUGAAUUGUUGCCUAAGUUCUACCGAACGCAGGUGAUGGUUAUGCUUGUUUACAAAUACAUGGACUCGAGUGUCUUAGAUCAAAACCACAUAAAUUUAGUCUGUAUAUUCUUACCACAGCAUAUACAAGAUAGAUUUUAUGACCCAUCAAGCUAAUAGAUAGG